GGCCGCCAUACGUGUUUUGCGUUUGUGUCUUCCGUACAUUUCUCGUCCAGCAUGCCGAACAGCGACAGCGAGGAGGACUUCGUGUCUUUCGGGACUCCGCUGGAGCCGCUGGAGGAAGACGAGGCUCCCAGGAAGCCUGUCCCACUGCACGAGCAGACGGUGAAGGACGAGCGAGGACGUUACCAGCGGUUCCACGGAGCGUUCACUGGAGGCUUCUCCGCUGGGUACUUCAACACGGUGGGGUCGAAGGAAGGUUGGACUCCAUCCACGUUUGUGUCGUCACGGCAACAGAAAGCAGAGAAGCAUCAUGCCCGACCGGAAGACUUCAUGGAUGAGGAGGACUUUGGUGAGCACGGCAUCGCCCCCUCUCAGAUCUUGCGGAGCGAGGAGUUUUCGUCCAGCCACAGGGACGCGGCGGCAGAGAAGAAGAAGGCGGUGAGCUCGCAGGCUGCCCUGAUUCCCGGAGACACUCUGCUGGAGGAGCUCAUCUCCCCCGCCAGGUCGAGCGUCGGGGUGGAGCUGCUGAGGAGGAUGGGCUGGAGGGAGGGUCAGGGCGUGGGACCCCGCGUGAAGAGGAAAGCUCGCCGCCAGACCGCCUAUCCUGGUUCUGGACCAGCCGGCUCGGAGGACUCAGAGGGCGAUGAGGAGGAGUUUGCCCCUGAGAACGUGACCUUUGCCCCAAAAGACGUUACCCCGAUGGACUUCAGCCCCCGGCUGGGUCUGCAGGGUCUGGGCUAUCAGGGUCUGGACCCGGGCCGGGCCCUAAUGGGCCCCGGGCUCCCGGAACACAUCCAGCUGUUCAGACCGCAGGAUGAGGGGCGGAGCCUGUUUGGAGGAACCGGCAGCACCAGGAGAGGGGGCGUGGCCGGGCAGGCAUUUGGGCUAGGCGCGCUGGAGGAUGACGACGAUGAAGAGGUCUACCACCGGGACUCCAUGUCCCGCUACGACACGGUGCUGGGGGGGGAGGAGCCAGGAGACGGUCUGUACGGAUGGACCGCCCCCCAGCAGUACACCCGGAGGACAGAACGGAGCAGAGACGCUUCCUACGUCGGAAAAAUCCUGGAGGGAUUCACGCUGGCCCAGAAACCCCCGGCCCAGGAGACGGUCUUCCCUCCCCCCGUUCUGCCCCGGAACUUCCGUCCAGUCCGUCGUUUCCCCCCGUCCUUGGACGUGUCCAUGCUGUCCUCCGUCAGUCCGGCGCUGGCCCAGGCCCUCAGGACAUCCAGGGGCCACAUGGUCCCCGAGGAGCCCCAGCAGGGGGGCCGCCACCAGCUCCACAGCGGCCAGAGGGGGGCGCUGCUGGGAGAGGACGUCCUGACGGGACCCGCCUCAGUUCUGGACCUGCUGAGACCUGCAGACCGGCAGCGCCUGCUCAGCAGGCGGAACCUGUCCUCCAGAACCCAGGAUCCCCAGACGGCGGUCCCCGGGGGGGCGGCGGUCCCCGGGGGGGUGUCGGUCGACUUCCAGCAGCAGCAGCAGCGGGACGCCCUGGCGGCCUGGCGGGGCGUCCCCGAGUCCUCCCAGACCUUCAGACCGUUCGAGAAGAACCCGAGCAAACAGGCCCGAUACGAGGACUACCUGACCCGCCUGAAGCAGGGACACAGCGAUGCUCUGGACCAGAGUCUGGACCCGUCCAUGACGGAGUGGGAGCGCGGCCGGGAGCGGGAGGAGUUCGUCCGGGCGUCCAUCCUGUACCGUCCGUCCUCGUCCUCGCUGUCGUCCCGCUUCACCCGGGGACGGCGGGAGGACGACCAAGACACGGUGGAAGUGAACCGGGACCAGGAGGGAGACGAGGGGGACAAACGGGACGCGGUGAGGAUGAAGCUGUUUGGAGCCAUGACCAGAGAGACGCUGGAGUGGCAUCCGGACAAGCUGCUCUGCAAGAGGUUCAACGUCCCCCACCCGUUUCCACGCUCGGGGAUCGUUGGACUUCCUAAAGUCAAGAGAGACAAAUUUUCAGUUUUUAACUUUCUGACUGUGAACGAAAACCAAGAGACAGCUGCUCCUCCAAAGCCUCCAGACUCCUUGAAGAAGUCCAGGUGGGAUGUGGAGCAGAGGAGCGCUCAGCUGAGUGAACCUCCUGCUGGGCCUCCUGCUGGGCCUCCUGCUGGACCUCCUGCUGGGCCUCCUGCUGGGCCUCCUGCUGGGCCUCCUGCUGGGCCUCCUGCUGGGCCUCCUGCUGGGCCUCCUGCUGGACCUCCUGCUGGACCUCCUGCUGGACCUCCUGCUGUGAGCAGCAGCCUGACUUCACGUAAAAAGCCAGAGGAAGAAGCUCAGGAGGAGGAGGAGCAGGAGGAGGAGCAGGAGGAGACCAGGCCUCCCAUGGAUCUCUUUAAGGCCAUCUUUGAGGGCUCCUCAGAUGACGAGUCUUCCUCAUCGGAGGAGGAGGAGCAGGAGCAGGAGGAGGAGGGGGGACAGUCCAACACACAGCCACUGAACCUUUUCACCAUCACCUCCUCUUCCAUCGCCACCUCCUCCACCGCCGCCACCUCCUCCCAGCUAUCAGCCGCCACGCCUCCUCCCUCCUCCCUGAAGGAGGAGCAGCAGGAGGAGUUUGGCCCGAAGCUACCGCCUCCUUCAGCAGCUCCUGGGGGAGGAGCCGCCGUCAGUCAGGAGGAGGAGGCGCAGAGCAGGAGGCGCAAAGCGAAGAAACAGAAGAACCACAAGCAGCACAAACACAAGAAGGAGAAGAAGAAUAAGAAACAGAAGAAGAAGAAACACAGAGGCAGAGGGCUGAAGAGGAGCCAGGAGGAGGAGGAGGAGGAGGAGCUGCUCAGGAGGUGAGGGGUGGCUGUCUUCUGUUACCAUGGCAACAACAACCACGCUGCCUAUGGGGGAAACCAUCAAUUAAUGUGUGUGUGUGUGUGUGUGUGUGUCCAGGUUGAAGAGUGUGUCUUGAGUCUUCUUCAGUUUCAUUUCUUCUGUUUUUAACCUUUCAAAUAAAACUUGUGGAAUCAAACGGCUCGUUUCCCCGACCCGACUUUACUGUACUGUAGAGGGCGCUACACUACACUACACUACACUACACUACUCUACACUACACUACACUACUCUACCCUACACUACUCUAAACUACACUACACUACUCUACCCUACACUACACUACUGGGCUCUACUCUACACUAGAAUAGAAUAGAAACGACUUCAUUAGGAGAGUUACAGGUGCAGAGGCUCGUGGAACACGGGG